UUCGCAAUUAGAACUUCGAUUCCUCGAAUCUUCUCCUCCUCCUCUCAAUUCGUUCGUCGUCGGAGCUGAUCUCACCGAUUUUCGAUUUCAAAACAUGGACGGAGACGAUUUCUCCGGCAAGGCGAAUGCUGAAGCCAAAGGAUUCAACCCGGGGCUGAUCGUUCUGCUCGUUGUCGGAAGUCUGCUCUUGACGUUCCUAAUCGGAAACUACGCCCUCUACGUUUACGCGCAGAAGAACCUUCCGCCCAAGAAGAAGAAGCCCGUCUCCAAGAAGAAGCUGAAGCGAGAGAAGCUGAAGCAGGGAGUUCCCGUCCCCGGAGAGUAGAUCCGUUAGGUACGGAAAAAUUCAACCUUUUUACGGGGGUUUAUUCCCCUUUUUUCAUGUUCUUGUCAUGAGAAUGGUUCCAGUCUUUGUAAUGUUAUUAUGUAUUAACACAGACCCUUUUGGUUAGGUGUUUUUUUAAGACUUUAAAAUUUAUUGCCUCUGCUUUGUCAUCUCACUUUCUUGUUUGCAGCCUUAAGAAUCUUUCGCCCUGAUCCUUUGAAACCAUUAACGUUUUGUACA